UCAAUUUUGAAUUUGUUCUCGGUGGGUGGAGAUUUCGUUCUUUCGCCAUAUUGUGAAUGCCUGUGAGUGCUGGAAGUGAAUAAAUUUAAUAAUUUAAGUGUGAUUUCUUUGUCUUCGUUUUUUGGAUUAAAAAGUCACAAGGCUAUCAGCGAGUAUGGGUGCUAAACAGAGCAAGCGCUCGGUGGAUAUAAGCGGCAAGGAGGCAGAGGGCGCGGGCGAGGUGGCGGCGGCGGGCGCGGGCGGCGAGGGCCGCGUCGAGCAGCUCGCCGACGCCGAUGCGCUCAAGCCUCAGCUCAACGGCGACGCGCACAUACACGAGCCUUCGGACAAGGAGAAACAGCUCGACAGCGGGACGCCGGAGAAUGAGAAAGACGCCACUACCGAAAAGGAAGGUAAGGAACAAGAAGACGAUAAGGAGAAGAACGGAGAAGAGAAGCAGGAGACGCCAGUAACGAAUGGUGAUGCCGAGCAGCAGAAGGAAGAGAAUGCGGAGAUCACACCGUCGCCGGAGGACAGCAAGAAACCAAAGAAAGAAAAGGUCAAGAAGAAAUGGUCGCUGAGAUCGAUCAGUUUCAGCAGAAAGGACAAACCGAAACAAGAGAAGAAACAAAAAGAGGAAGACGCCAAGACAAACGGAGAACCAGAGAAAGUACCUGAGGAGAUUGCUGAAACACCCGACGCGGAAAAAAAUGAUGUAGUCCCAAAAGACAAAACUGAAACAGAAGCCACAAAAGAAAAAACUCCAGAAACGCCAGUAACCGAACCAAUUACGAACGGCAGCAGCACACCCGAAACACCAAAAGAAGAAUCGCUCGUCCCCGACGAACCAACAACCGCCGUAACUAGCGAAAACGACAGGCCCGAGUCUCCUAAAGAAGAAGUCGCACCAAAACAAACGCCUGUCAAUGGCCUCGCCGAAGAUGAACCUAAAAAUGCAGCUCCAGCACCCGUUGAAAGCGAGACUAGCAAACCUGAGGAACCGACUUUCGAAAAGACUGAACCCGCUGCAGCCACUGAAAUCCCUGUCAAAAAUGAGGUUUGUGUUGAAAAAAUGCCUUUAAUAGAGCCUACGCCUCCACCACUCCCCGCAAAUCCUCCCCCCUCGUCAGUGGUUUCCUUUGCCGCAACCACUAUGGCACCAGAAUUGACAGAUGCUUCGCUGGCUAAUGCUGUUGAUAUCACAUCAAACACACUAUCCAUAAAGACCUCCGAAAUUAAUAAAACUCAAUUAAUUUCUUCUGAUAUUGAAAUUGAAUCGCAAAAAAUUAUUACUGAAGUAAAAACUGAGGAGAGUUUCGUACAAAUUACAGACACAUUAAACGAAAAACCUUCAAAUAAUUCUUCAUCGGAUGAACAACCUCAACAAGAAGAAAAUAUUUCAAAUGAUAUUCAUAGAGAUAAUCAGUCAGAAAGUGUUGUUAAGAGCGAGAGUCCAUUAAAUAGCGUCGAUAUCGCAAACGACGUUGUAAUAGAAACUGAACAAUCCAAACAAAAGUCAACUGAUACGGUUCUUGAUGAUCAAAACCAAACAGAAAAUUUAUUAGUUAAACAAAUCGAUGACUAUAAAGAGGUUCAAGUAAACGAGGCGGAUGUUGAAAAGAACGAAAAGAGUGUAGAAAACCUUGAAGUGGUUCCAGAAAACAAGGUUAUAGAUUCAAAUGUAGACACGCUUCUUGAAAACGUUGACAUUGAAAAAGAGAAUCACUCGGCAAUUUUCGAAAAAAAAGAAGACGAUAGAGUCAUAAUUAAUGGAGAUUCGCAGACGGAAGGUGAUCCGGUGGAAGCGGAUAAGCCGAUAGUUACACCGGACGAAUCUUUGCCCCCUCCACCAUCGGAUGCGAUGGAACCGUUACAGGAUGACGGAGAAGCAGCUAGCAAUGGCGUAACUAGUAAUGGCGUAGCUAGCACUGAUGUAGCGAGCAAUGACGUUGCGAACAUUGAGGUAGCCAGCAACGACACCUCUGACGACUCUUUCCCGCCGCCGCCCAGCGAGCUGUGCCGCUCCGACUCGGACGUGUCGCCCGACACGCUACAGGUGAAUACCGCCGGGUACUCUUGCUCUAGUAGAAGAUUAGUAUCUUAAUUAAGGAGGUUUUGAUACAUUGAUUCAAUCUCAAAAUUA